AUGUCAUUAUUAAAUUAUAUAGAAGAUGAUUAAACAUACUAAUUUACAAAGUAUAUGAAUCUAAUAAAGGUAUUUCAAUUAUUCAUAUUAAUAGACUCAAGAAGAUAAAAUACUUUUUGAUAGAUUUGCUUAUGGGGUUUGUGAUCCAUAGAUUAAGUAUCAAAAUGAGAAGUAAAAAAAGAAAAUGGUUAUCCUUACUAUCUUAUAAGUAUGUUAAAGGUUCUAAAAAAUUAUAAUAUAGAAAUAAAUGUGUCACUUUUGAUUAAAUUUAACGAGUUUGCUAUUUAAACUCAAGGACUGAGAUUGAAUAAUUACUUAUUGAACUCAUCUAAAAGGAAUUAAUUAUUGGAACUAUAGAUGAUCAAAAAGGAUGUUUAAAUAUACAAAGAUGUAUUAGCAGAGAUGUUCGUAAAUCUGAUAUUCCAGACAUGAAAAAAUAAAUUGAAUCCAUGUACGAAAGAGUAAAACAUUUGAAAGAGUAGUUAAAAAAAUAAUGAACUCAAUUUAUUUUAAUUAUUAAAUAAAUUGUGAAUAUGGC